AUUAACAUUUUAUGCAACGGCAGCUGCACGAGUUACAUCUGCAGUCCUCGAGCGAGGAAGAGGACGACGACGAGGACGAGGACGAUGGCGAGUUUUUUGAUGAGGAAUCUAGGGAUGAUGCUGGGGCGUUUAUGGGGGGAUUUGAUAGACAUCGAAUUGCGGCUGGUUCGGAUUCUAUCACCGGUUCCGGUUCGGAUCCAGAAUCGGAUGACCUGGAUUUCGAUGUAGAUGUUGAGAAUAUUAAUGAUUAUGAUGAAUGAAUUGUGAGUGAUUUAAAGCCAGCGUAAACACACAGCAUUGCGUCUCGUCUAUUUAAAAACUAUGUUGAACCCAAGAUACAGCGAUCUCUGAGCGUCUAUUUUACAAUCGCACACAAAAACACAACUCACAUCCACCCACACACACACAAACAUACACCCCGACCACAACAGACACGGAACACACACAUAAUAUGAAUUAAAUGAAGUUAUAAAGCAAACAAUAAAUGCAAAAGGAGUAUACAAAACAUAUAACUUGCUGUUAGGUUUGUCAUGAACGAAUGAGAAUGAAACAAAAACAAAAUGAAACUAUGUAUUAGUUGUUUAGGCGCUGUAAAUCUAAUCGAGGGUCAGUCUUUGAAUCGCGCCAUGGAUCGGUGGUUCGAUCGGGCGUUACUUUAAGUGUUUCUUUAGCUCAAAUACACAAGCAUCGCGUUUAGGCAGCUGCCGCCUUAAGAGGAAGGAGAACUGUUAAAUGGCUUGGAACCUUUUCGCAGGAUGAAUCUGCAAAGCGGCCAGAGGAAUCAGUCUUUAGUAUAAAUGUUAGUUAGAGUCGCUUCAUUGAAAUUGGCAAAUGAUCAUUUCGGUUCGCCGCAUUGCACAUCUGUAACCUACUUUACAUGCCUAUUGCCUAAAGUUUGUGUUAAUUGUAAAGUUAAAUUUAAGCCUAGUAUUUUAUUGGCAAUUGUAAUCUAAGUUACCCAAAUACAAAUAAUUUAAAUUAAAAGUUAAUUAUGUAAAGAACGGCACGAACAGUGUCUGCAAUUGGUAGUUACAAAAUCCUUCGAGUAAAGUUGAAUACAAAAUUAAUCCAUUGUACUGCAAUAUAUAACCGAUUCUUUGAUUGAUCUAUGAUAACUAUAGAUUUUAGAUAUACAGAUGUAUGUAGAAAAUAGCAAAUUUCCAGGAAGUUUCAACAAUAUAAUUAUAUGUAUGCAGUUCGUUGAUUGUGAUCAAUGGAUAUUUUACUAUAUGUAUUGCUAUUUAUAAGUUAAGUUCCAAUGCUAUACUUGAUCUGGAUCACGAUCGCCGCUUCCGCGUUAACUAAUGUAUGUACAUAACGUUUUACUUUAACAAAAAAUGAUGAAAUAUGAACACAUACUCCGGAAUAUUUAAAACUGUUAGAGGAAAGAGUGCAGUUUGUUAAAAGAUUGCCGAGCAACUGCUAUUGCGCGAAUGGGCUUAGUAUAGGUAACAGAUAACUAGAAAUAAUAAUAAAUUGUGUAUAAAUGCUAAA